CUGUAAGUCGACUGCAACGCCAUCUGCACCUGCAAAGCACCACAAAUGGCCCCCAUCAAAGUCGGCAUCAUCGGCCUCGGCGCCACAGGCCCUGCCCUCGGCCCCGGCGCCUGGGCCGUCGCCGCCCACCUGGCCUCCUUCGUCCCCUCCCCCAACUACGACAUCGUCGCCGUCUGCAACUCCUCCGCCGAGUCCGCCCAGCGCUCCAUCGACUACCACAAGCUCCCGGCCACGACCAAGGCCUACGGCAAGCCCGAAGACAUUGCCGCCGACCCCAACGUCGACCUGGUCGUCGUCUCCGUCAUCGUCACCAGCCACCACAAGGUCGCCAAGCCGGUCCUCCUGGCCAAGAAGCAGCUCUUUGUCGAGUGGCCGCUCGCAGCCAGCUUGAAACAAGCCGAGGAGCUGGCGCAGCUGGCGAGGGAGGCCAACGUCAGGACGAUUGUGGGCACGCAGUUCCGGGCCGAUCCCGCGGUGCAAAAGGUCAAGGAGCUUGUGGACGGGGGCGCGAUUGGCAGGGUGACGAGCACGCAGGUGCAGUAUUCGCCUUCCUUGGGGCCGCCGGACAUGUGGAUGGAUUCUGCGCGGUAUUAUCUCGACUUUAAGAGCGGCGGGAACGAGUUUCACAUUUCAUUUGGCCACUUGAUGGAUAGCUUCCUCUAUGUGCUGGGCGACUUUGACCAGGUCAAGGCGUCGCUCUCCAAGCAGUAUCCCGUCAUGAAGCUCUUUGACCUGAGCAACGGCCAAGUCACCAACCCUGGUGUUCCCAGAACCGCCCCAGACCACAUCUUCGUCCAAGGCGUGCUCGAGAGCGGCGCCAUUGCCAGCAUCAACUACCACCGGCCCGGCACGCUCCUCGGCAAGAACUUUCGCUGGCUCAUCUCCGGCACCGAGGGAGAGAUUGAGUUUACGCUCGACGGCCACUUGCAGAUUGGGCACAGCGAGAGGGAGAUUCGCAUCAAGACUGUGCACGAGCCGAGCGAGGUGCGCGUCGUCGAGUGGAAGCGGGAGACGCCGAAGCAUGUCGAGAGCGUGCCGUUUCCGGGACAGAACACGGCGUUUGUGUGGGAGGCAUUUGCGUCAGGGGGAGAGGGAGUUGCGGACUUUGAGGAUGGCUUGAGGCUGCAUCGGUUGUUGGAUCGGAUUGCGAGGGAGGCGGGUUCGCCGUAUGCAGAGUAUGUUGAGGAGAUGUGAUGGGAUUAUACCAUGACCAUAUGGAUAAGCUAUCUUCGUGUAGAUUAUCCAUGGCUUAUGCUUCAAG